AGAUAAGGCAGAGGGAGGGGAUGGAGCCGAGCGCAGUGGACAUUGGGCCUUUGGGUGGAAGAGCCCCUUCGCGCAGCUCGAGGGAGACACUAAAGUGCUGUCAUUUAGAGACCGGUUCGGUGGCCUCGCCGCUGGUUCCCAUGGCUGAGCGAGCGGUACGAGAGGAUGUGGCACAGGAGCGGGGAGAGAUGGGAGGAAAGAGCGUGAGGACGCACAGAUGGACACAACCAUGCGUAAAACAGGCAACACGUCGAGAGCCAAAGAAGUGGGCAAAGUCUGGGCCGACAACUCCAUCCAGGGCAUAUAAGAGCCAGAACUCUCCAGAGAAUGCAGCGAGAGAGAGGAGUCGUGUUCGAAACCUCAGACAAGCCUUCCACAGCCUGCAGGCGGCUUUACCCUCCGUCCCUCCCGACACAAAACUCUCCAAGCUGGACGUGCUGGUCCUGGCCACCAACUACAUCGCCCACUUGACCGAAACACUGGACCAGGACGGGAUGUUGGGGGACCAUCCCAUCCUGCAGAGAGCUGAGUACCUGCAUCCCGUGAAGAAAUGGCCCAUGCGUUCUCUUCUCUACUGUGGGAACAUAGGAGAGCGAUUAGCAGGAGCACAGAUCAGUCAGGAGACAUCUUGCCCACCUAAGGUGAAUGCAGACUAAUGGACUGGGAAAAUGUCUGAGAAUUAUUGGACAGUUCCAAUUUUUUGUGAAUGGAAAAUAUAGAUUUGAGCACAAUUGUUUAAGCAUGAUCUCUUUUAUCAGUUAUGUUUCCACAUUUUUUACCUUUUAUUUUGAUAAAUCAAUAUAAUUGUUUACCCCAUAUAUACUGUAUAGUCAGUUGUUCACUUGUCCCAGUCUUCCAUUGUAAGUGCAUAACUAAUUUGUAUUUGUUUGUACAAAACAAUUAUAUGUGGUAAUAUCACAUCAGUUAUGUAAAAUAUUUUUAUUUUAAUAUCUUAUUUGUUGACAACUUUAUUAAGUAUUAAUAGGAAUACAAAAAAAAGUAUUUUAUAAGAGCACAAAAAAUUUGGAAAACUCAUAUUUUGACAAGUUAACAUUAUUAAAAAUGUUGAGAUAAAGUCAAUCAUUUAAGUCAUGGGAUAAUAUCCCAUCAUUUUGAACAACUUAUAUUGAUUGUAGGGAAGAAAAGUUAUAUAAAUAUUCCCUUUCAAAGCUUAAUUAAAAGUUAACAAAUCGCUUUAUCUCUGCUGGCUGUCCGUAUCCUGAGUGUUUGGGUUUAAUAUCCAUGUUUUGCACUUGAUAGUAAUAAAAUGAAUGUCUUGAUUAGUGGGAAGGGAGGAUUGUUAUAGGGAACAUUUGGUAACCACACACAAGUGGACAACCCCCAUGUCCUCUUAAUCAUGGGUAGCUCAGCAGAUCAUUUAAAAUUAUUACAGGCAGGAAAACCCAUUCAAGAAUAUUUUUACUCUUCAAAAGUUACAGUGUUCUCUUAUUACGGUAUUUGCUCGGAAAACAAACCAUUUACUAAACGCUUUUAGGAAUGAGUAUUCACUGCCAUGUUUGGUAUUGUGCAACUAUAGCUUUCUAUAAAGCUUGCAUGUCUUUCAAGAUAAUA